AUGGGCGCGUACCAUUCCACUCGGGAACAGAUUUUCGCAAACCGUGGGAUCACCCUUGCGAGUGUGGGGACGCGCAAAUCGCCGAAUGCAUUUACGUUUCUGCGUCAGGUGGAAGUUUUGAGUCGCGCUGGGCAUGGCGGGGCCACCAAACAGUUUGAGGAUUGGGGGAAUUGCACUGCCGUCAUGCGGGUUUUCAGCAUCGGGAAAGCGGAAGCUGGAGCUGUGAGCAAUCUUCAAGCCCAUGUUGAGAGGGUCAUUGUUUGCGAAUUGAAGCAAUGCGUGGCCAAGAGGGGGAUCAAGAAUUUUCUUUCCCACGAUAUCCUUGCCAAAGGCGUGCUGAACACUGGGUACACCUCGGCUUCAGGCAAUUCGGAGGCUUGGGUGUCCAUCAUGACCAACUUAGAAGAUGCCUCAAUUGUGAAGCUUUUCCUUGAGAGGCUAUGCGGUGAUUGGGACAAACUGCCCAGCAACAUGCGCAAGUCGCCCUCUCUGAGGGAAGCGGUUUCUUUGCACCAGAGCUGUGCACUCUUCCUCCAUUUUCUGAGGACCUUGGAGGUGUCAAUUCCAAGCUCCGAGUUUCCGGCUGCAAAAGAGAAACUGAGUGCCUCUUUUCUAUUAGGCGUGCUGGAUUCAGAUCUCAUCACCAUUGGCGAGAAAUCUGUCCCUCCUGGGGACAUCAAGGCAAUUGGUGCAUUCAGGAAUAUCUUAGCAGCCCGAGAGACACAGGAGCUGCAGGACAGAGAGGACCAGGCCAAGGAGCUUGCGAUGAAAGUCGCCCAGGCUACGAUGGCCCAGAUCAAAUCGCAGUUUGAAGGGGACAUGCAGAAGAUCUGCGCAAAACUGCCAACGAAAGAUGCCCAGACCGUGGAGACGGCCAAGGACAUGAAGUACAUCAGGGAUCGACAAAAGUUAGUGCUGUGCUCAGUGGAUGCUACAGUUUGGCCCUCCAGCACCCAAUACAUGAUGGAUUGCCUCGGCUUGAUGCAGAAUGUCUGCUCUUUGGGGCCAGGGAACAUGGCCCACAUCCAGCAGCCACUUUUCCACCAGGCUACCACAAUGAGUGCUUUGGUUAAGCACCGGCGAAGAUUGGAAGAUUUCUUGCUCAAGAGCGACUUGGACAUUUCCAACAACCUCACCCUCACAUUCUCGAAGGACGCGAGCAUGAGUUCGGACAAGCGAGCCAUGACCCAACCAUGUUACUGCGUCAUUUCAAGCAAAAAUUGCAGGUGGCUUGAGUCUGAGCCGUUGAGCACGUCUGUGCUGGGCCCAUUGCCGCGUUUGAGAGUGUCGGAUAUGCAAGGGUUUGCCGAGUUCUCCCGUGCGUGUGUGGAAAGAAGCCUUGAAGGUGCCUCCCCAAAGGUCAUCUACUACGGAUGUUUCCGUGAAGGUGAUGUGCACAAGCGCAUGCAGAGAGAACUGGAGUCCCUGGUGUUCAAGCAUUGGGAUGAUUUGUCAUCGUCCCCUCCAAAGCAGAGACCACGUUCUGAAGCUGCUGCGGACUGGAAUGUUGAAGGCCUUGUGUUGCUGAGCUGCACCCGUUCGGGGCCAGUUUGGCCAGAGCAUCUUGACAGCAAGUUUGCAGCCAACAGCUCGGAAGCCAGAGAGAUCCAAGAGCUGAAGCAAUCCUUUCUUUCAGAGUUCCCGGCCACCAGUGAGCCUGGCCAGGCUUCUGCAACAGGAGCUGGAGCCGGAGGACCUACGCUGCGGGCAACAGGCCAGCCGGAUUUCAGUGUCGAUGGAGGGCGCGAGCCACUUGAUGUCAGCCGUGUGGUUGAUUGCCUGGUGGAACCUCCUCCGGCACCUGCUGACAGGCUUGCGCUUGUGAACGGGAAGUCUGGCAAACCAUCCCUCUUGGUCGACAAGCACUACAAACUUUGGCUGGGCAAUGAAUCUGAAGAAGCCCAGACAUGGAGUGGCAUUGAACUCUUCGGAUUCAAUACGGGGGUGUUUGAGUACAAGAUUGUGCGCGGGUCGAAGAGG